UUUAAUUUGAAAAUGGAACCGAAGGUUUUAAAUUGUGGUUUUUAAAUUUGUUUCUGUGAAAUAUCGUGUUGUUUGGAUUGCGAGUUGUUUGGAUGAAAUUAACAUAGAGGCCGAAAACACACCAAUGGCACCUUAUGGUCAUAUAUGUUAAAGAAAAAAAGUUCAAAUGGACGCUGAAGCCACUGAAAAAGCACUUGGAACUAGCAAUUUUGAUGAAAAUGGAGAUUUUUUACAAAGAAAUAAAGUAGCGGAUGUAACACAUAAAGAAAGACUAGCAGAUGACAAUAUAGCAGACAAAGAUUUACCUAUAGACAAUUUUAAAAAGCCGAGAAUGCUAAGAAAUUCUGCCAAAUCAAGAAUAACGAGUAGACAUGUCAAUCCACUGUUUCUUUUACUACGGAUGGUCUUUGAAAUGUUAUUAUUAAGGAGAUUAUGUUUUCUGUUGGUGUUGACAGAUUUUGUGAGUGCAUAUCAGCAAAAAUUCGCUAUCGAGCCGCAGGAUCAGAGUGCAGUAAUUGGAUCGAGGGUAACGUUACCGUGUCGAGUGGUACACAAGGCUGGUCAGUUGCAAUGGACAAAGGAUGACUUCGGUCUCGGUACGCAUCGCCAUCUGAUGGGGUACGAGCGAUACAAGAUGAUCGGGAGUGAUGAGGAAGGGGAUUAUUCGCUGGAUAUCAGAGACGUUACCAUCGAUGAUGAUGCACUGUAUCAGUGCCAAGUUAGCACAGGGCCAAAAGGGGAAGCAGCUAUUCGAUCAAAAUCUGCUCGCCUAACUGUGCUGGUACCACCUGAACCACCGAAGAUCUUGAAAGGACCCGUUCUAGAAGCUGUGGAAGCCAGCGAAGUGAUGUUGGAAUGCGUGUCUGUUGGUGGGAAACCAGCUGCUGAAAUAACGUGGGUUGACAACGAUGGAGGCGUAUUCAGCCAAGGCGUGACUUACACAGUUGAACAAAUGUCAGACGGUCGCAGGUUCAUUGCUCGAUCACAACUUCGUCUCCGUCCAAGAAGACACCAUCACGAACAAACGUACACAUGUCAAGCUCAAAACACUGCGGAUAGAGCAUACAGAGCGGCUACUGUGAAACUAAAGAUACAAUAUGCACCGAAAGUGAGAGUCCUUAUAAAAUCAAGAUCAACCAAUGGCAUGGUGCAUGAAGGUGAUGCUUUGGUUGUAGGAUGUCAAGCAACAGCCAAUCCCAGCAACCUGAUGUAUCGUUGGUUCAUCAACAAUGAACAAGUGCCAACUGCUAAGAACAACGAAUUGGUCAUAUCCAAUGUGUCCCGGAGGCACAACGAUGCGACGGUAAAAUGCGAAGUUCAGAACAAAGUCGGUAAAAGCGCCGACUCCAAAACUUUGGAGGUCUCUUAUGGACCUGCGUUUCGCACGAGACCUCAGAACGUGGAGGGUGAUAUUGGAUCAUUAGCUACCCUUACCUGCCUGGUGGACGGUCACCCUCUACCCAAAGUGAUUUGGAUGCGGUAUGAACAGGACAGAGUUAUUAGAGUUGCGAAGUCCGCAAACCUGACAGUUACCAUUAGCAAACAAACCGCGGGCCAGUACUGGUGUCGAGCCACUGUAGAAGGAUAUCAAGACAUCGAGGCGCCUGCUAUGGUUUAUGUUAAAGGUCCGCCAAAAAUAAUGUCCAAUCAGACACAGUACGGCGUAGAAGGUGGAACUGUUCGUAUAGAGUGCGUAUCGUUUUCCGUCCCUAAACCGGACCUGGUGAUUUGGAGUUUCGGAGGCUACGAAUUAAAUUCCUUCCAAAACCACGAAUACGUGUUCUUAGAGGAGUCUUUACCAGACGGACUGACGAAGUCCACAGUAAUCAUAAGGGAGAGCGAAAUGAAACACUUCGGUCCAUAUAACUGUACUGUAUCCAACGCAUACGGCACUGACUGUAUGGAAAUAAAUGUUAUACCGGACAAAUCGAUCCCACUCAUAGUCGUAGUAUGCACCGGUUCGUUGAUAACGAUAGUCAUCCUAAUAAUCAUGCUCGCGAUAAUGCUGUGUCACCGGAAAGCCGCUAAAGACGUGAAGAAGCCCGAUAUUACGGAAGUUGGUAAAACUUGCGACCCCUACAAGGACAGCGAUCGGAACUCUAAUAUAAGUGACUUUAAACUUGAGUUGCGACAGGUUGAAGGGAGUUGUGAUAUGGACAAUUCAAACAACGGUUCCGAAACGGAUCUGCGGUCUAGUUUACAACUGACGACGAAUUUGGGUCUGCCUCUCGCCGGCCCCGUGCCCCUCCCAGACACUGGUUACGAUAACGAACUAAUGAAACAGUAUCAGAGGUACAGUGGAGAUUUCAACCAACCUCUGCACAACAUUCAUUUCAAGACACACGAUCAAAUCAACGGAUACGUGCCAUACGUUGACUACUCCAGAGACUAUGCACCUCCGCAAUCCACCGAUUCCAUGACAGGCUCCCUAUCAAGGAGUACCGAUGCGUCUACAUACCAAAGCCACUGUGGUUCUUUGAACCGCCAAGGGAGUUGCGGACGUCUUGGAGGAAUGAUCGGACCUGAUUUGAUACCAAUGGGAAAUCCUGGAGUCAUUAUGACAGGCGGAGUUGACGUAAGAUACGCUGCGACCUAUGGAAAUCCUUACUUACGUGGAAGCAGCGGACCGUUAUCUUACGUAACACCAGUGAAUAAUCCUUCGAAAAACGCCCCUCCACCGUAUUACACUUUAAGAAAUACAAAUCAUCAUCCACCGAGUACGUCGGUAACAUCUCCAUCGUCAUCAUCAUCAUCACGGCCGUACACCUCUCCGCCCACCUCGUCACCAUCUAGUAACAACAGCGCUCAGCCUCAAGUGCCCAAAUCACUUGCUCAGGGAACUGGAGCGCUGUACAUUCUUCCACCGUCCAGUCAAGGAAGCAUGCAUUCAUCCCAAAUAUCAACCAAAGGCACCGGCACUCACGUAUAAACAAAAGGAUUCUCGCUAAAAGGGAAUAAAUAAUAGAAUACGAUAAAAGAGUCAUCGGAAAACGCGAAAUAGGGAUGAAAUUCCAUCUAAGUUAGAUGACUAUUUGAGAAGUAUUAUAAAUAAAAUGAUUUGAUACAAUAUUGAAAUCAGAAUUGUACAUCUUUUUGAUAGAUUAUGUAUUUCUUUCUCUCUUAUAUUACUUUAUUAUUAAAGAAGAUAGGUUGAGAUCGUUGCUAGAUACGCGAAUUGUUUGUCGCGAGAAUGCAAUUUUUAAAUCUGAUACUGAUAUUGCUGAAGCUGAAUGGUUUGUAUGUUUAAAAAAGCUCAUCCCAAAUACUCCGCUAUAAGCGCAACUUUGCGACCGAUAUCCUGUACAGACUUAAGUUGAACUAUGACCAAUUGCCACUAAUCAUUACAUUGGGCUACAGAAGGAUAUUAUAAAUAAAAAUAAAUAAAUAUAC